CUCAUCGUGAACUAACAUGCCUGAACCAGCGAAGUCUGCUCCCAAGAAGGGCUCCAAAAAAGCGGUCACUAAGACCGCCGCGAAAGGAGGGAAGAAGCGCAGAAAGUCCAGGAAGGAGAGCUACGCUAUCUACGUGUACAAAGUGCUGAAGCAGGUCCAUCCUGACACCGGCAUCUCUUCGAAGGCGAUGGGGAUCAUGAACUCUUUCGUCAACGACAUCUUCGAGCGCAUCGCCGGUGAGUCGUCUCGUCUCGCUCACUACAACAAGCGCUCCACCAUCACCUCGAGAGAGAUCCAGACCGCCGUGCGUCUGCUGCUGCCCGGAGAGCUGGCCAAACACGCCGUGUCUGAGGGCACCAAGGCCGUCACCAAGUACACCAGCUCCAAGUAGAUCUCCGAUCCGACUCCGAAACACAAAGGCUCUUUUAAGAGCCACCCAUCACAUCACUUAAAGAGUUUGCAUAAUUUUAGUCUGUUUUUCUGAAACUGGAAUGCUCCUAUCUGGCGAAUAAAACGUUAUACAUCGCAGUUCCAAUCAAGAUAGUAACGGUCUUUGAAACCAUUGUUUUGACCUCAAUCUAGGGUUUGUGUCUUAUCUGUAUGUCACUUUUUUUUUCGGUGUAACCCUUCGAUUUUAAUGCUUUUUUGGGGGGGCACAUAAGAAUAUAUACAAUUUUAUUAUGGUAUUCGCACAAUGGAGUCUAAAAUAAAUGCACAUUGUAUUACACAAUUCCGAUUGAUUGCGUCGUGAUUACAAUAUAAUGUUGAAGAAAGUUUCCA